AUGUCGGACAAGAAAACGAUCAUAGCCUUUGAUCUCUAUGGUACUCUCCUCUCUACCGAAAGCAUCGCAAAAGAAUUGGCUCGUCAUUUUGGCGACGAGAAAGCACAAGCAGUCGCUACACUAUGGAGGAGAUAUCAAUUAGAAUACACUUUCCGGAUGAACAGCAUGUUACUAUAUAAACCCUUCUCAGAAAUUACCAAUACAUCGCUUCGUCACGCAAUAUCCGAACAUAAACUUGCUCUGGCUGAAACGGAUAUUGAGAGUGUAAUGAAAGCAUACAAUUCUCUCUCCGCCUUUCCAGACGCUUUAAUCGGACUCGAAAAUUUGGCGAAAGAUUCGGGAACUAAUGCUUAUGUAUUCUCAAAUGGGACAAAUGAAAUGGUUUCUUCAUCCGUCCAUAAUUCCCCAGAGCUCUCGAAGUUUAAAGAUCUCUUUAACGAGCUCAUUACGGUAGAAGAUGUAAAAUACUAUAAACCCCAUCCUAAAGUUUAUGAACAUUUGGUUAGGAAAGUAAGAGGUGGUGUUGAGAAAAACGAUUGCGAGGAUGUGUGGCUUGUCAGUGGGAAUCCAUUCGAUGUUGUAGGCGCGAGACAUGCGGGUUUGAUGACUUGUUGGGUGGAUAGAAGUAAAGGGGGUUGGAAUGAUAUGUUGGGCGAUUUGGCAAGUGGGGGACCGCAUCUGGUUGUCGAGGGAGUUGACGUCGCUGUGAGGGAGAUCCAAAGAGUGUCUAAGGAUUAG